ACGCCCAAAAGACAACCCCUCCCCCACACACAGCGACCUCUAGAAAGGGAUUCAGGAGAGUUUGUAGCAGUAUGGCUCGGAAUCUCUGAAGCAAAAGGACCCCACAACGAAAGAGGCAAGAUCUCGAUCUUCCACCGUAACAGAGAGUGAAACCGAUCUCUGCAUCGACCCCACCGCGAGACUCCAAAUUUAGAGCAGCAAGUGAAGUGCUUCCUCUCCUUCGUCAGCUGAUAGCUAAUGAUGGCAGCACUGACUUCUCCAUCCACUGCACCAUCGACCUCACUGAUGGCUGAUUCCAAAUGUGAAACCACCUCACCACAACACCACGUCCUCUCUGCACUCUCCACACCUCCACCUCCACCUGCACCGAGUCACACCCUCCCCACCACACCCCACCACCAUCGUCAGAGCUCCCCGGUCCCCAUCAGGGACCCCUCCCUCUCCCCGCAGAGGUUCCGCAGGGUGUGGACGGACGGGGACGAGAGAGAGGUGGCGUCAGCAUCCCCGGUAAAGGACCUCGCUGAGGAAGAAUGGCGCUACCACCAUGCCCCCAGCUCUCCGCUACUAACGGCCGUGCGGGAAGCUGUAGAUUCCAUCAACCAGUACGAGGACUUUGAAGUUCUUGAGAAGAUCGGUGCCGGGUUCUUUGCUGAUGUUUUUAAGGUACGUCACAUACCAACAGACCAAGUGAUGGUGCUAAAGCUAAACAAGAGAAUGACGGGAAUGAAGAAGCUCAAGGAGGUGGAGCUGCUCAAGAAACUCCAUCAUCCCAAUAUCUUACGUUACUAUGGGGCCUGUGUACACAACGGUCAGCUACACCCUCUGACUGAGUACAUGAAUGGAGGGGCACUGGAGGAGCUGAUACAGGAACUAGCAGUGCCCCUGCCCAUGGCUCUGAGACUCAAGUUGGCUCUGGACAUAGCUCGCGGCAUGGACUAUCUCCACCAUCACGGAAUGCUCCACAGGGACCUUAACUCCAAGAACUGCCUCCUCAAGAAACACACAGACUGCUACACCGCCGUUGUGGCCGACUUCGGACUGGCUGCUAAGAUCCCUCGCGUCAUAAGGACUCUUCAGCGGACGCAGUCAGUGGUGGGAAGUCCAUUCUGGAUGGCCCCUGAGGUCCUCAAUGGAAAGUCUUACGAUGAGAAGGCUGACGUGUUCUCGUUCGGUAUCAUACUGUGUGAGCUCAUCUCUCGUCUGGAGUCUGACCCUGACGAAUUACCUCGUCGAAAGGUAUACCAGCUUGCAAGCUACGAAAAUAAUAUAUUAUGGCUCAGUGUGUAUAACGAUGUAUAAUGUACUCACCUUAAAAAGAUUUAGAAAAUAGAAGGAUCAUCCGUACUGUGACAUUCACACUUUGUUGUAAUAGUGAGUCAAAUACAGCAAUGUCCCUCAUCUCACUGUCAUCUCACCACCAGGACUAUGGACUGGAUGAGGUGAAGUUCCGAGCCCUACCCAGUGUAGUGGAGAGCAGACCCUCCGAAGCCUUCCUCUCCCUUGCCUUCCACUGUUGCCAGAUACUGCCAGUGGAGAGGCCAGACUUCUCGGAGCUGAGAGAGAAGCUGGAGAUAGAGUUGACCACCCAGCCCAUUCUCCUUCCCUCCUGCUACAGCCAGGAGGACAGCCCCCCUCACAACAGACUUGGCUCCCACCACCACAAUCACCUCCUCCUCCACAAUCUAGACCACUCAGCUAGACAUUCCCCCCUAUAGUGUGUGGUGUUUCUGUGACCCUUUUUUUGAUAUUAUGCAUAAUUAUACACAAAGUACAUUCGCUAAAUGAAAAGCACUUGAAAGUGCAUAAUCCUCGCCACUUUAUUCAGCAGCCAAUGGCUACUUGCCACACUACCUCAGUAUUUUGCACAUGCGUGUUCAAUACUAGUUAUAUACUACAGCAAAGUGAAAAGUACAUAACCCUCACCACAUUCUUUAUUAGCUACACUACAUAAGUGACUCCUUCGUGCUGCUCUCACUUCACCGGCAAUCUCGAUCCUACUCAACUGUACAAUCAAUACAGGCAGACCAGCAAAUCUUCUCCACACGCGCAAAGCACUACCAUCUAAGCUAAGUAGAGCGACGGUUCGCGCGAUCUCUAUUUGACGCACACUCACCUCGACAGCUACCCGUUUUACCAGCUUCCCUGGCCUUCUCCGCUGCAGAAUCUUAUUUUACCAUGC